UGGGAUCAUCCAAGAGCGAGAAGGAGAGGGAGACAGAAAAAAGGGUAAUGGAUGGUGGAAAGAACUACUGGCUGCUGAAGACGGAGGUGGGUGAGUGGUCGUGGGAGGACCAAGCGGCCAACGGGGGGAUAUCAAUGUGGGACGGAGUGAAGAACAAGCAAGCUCAGAAGAACAUGAAGUCCAUGAGAGUUGGUGAUCUCUGCUUCUUCUACCACUCCGGUCCCAAAGCACGUCGCAUCGUCGGGGUUGUCUCCGUCAUCAGGGAGUGGUAUACGUAUAGUUGCCAAGGCGAAGGCAGCAAGAAGGGCGGCAAGAACGAAGAAGCUGGAGCUGUUGACGUUCGAGCUGUGGGGGAGAUGAGGCGACCCGUGGAUUUGACGGAGAUGAAAGCAGACGAUGGGUUGAAGAAGGGUUUCGCUUUGUUCAAGCAACCUCGCUUGUCGGUCGUUCCUGUCCCCAAUCAUGUUUGGGAUCGCCUUUGUGAGAUUGGUGGAGGCUAUGAACCUGCAGCAGUUGCAACUGCAGAUGAUGGUCCUGAUGAUGACUGAUGAAUGAGCAAAGCCCACAAUCAUUGGUAAUUUGCGCCAUAGCUGUAUGUAGUAAUGCCUAAACAGAACAAGAA